UUUUUGCAUUCCGAAAAUAAUUUCAAUGUGAACUUAGCAUUAGUUUGCAUCACAAACGUAAUAAUAAUUACGCAACAUUAGUACAAGGUUCCGAGAAUUAUAUUGAAAAUUAACUAUGAACUUGGGAUAGUAGAUUAAAAUUGGCAGUAUUCCCAGAAAUUGGCGAACUGAGAAGUUGAUUCGUUGGUGGUCAGUAUUAAUUUGAAAGGCUGUGAUCUACAAUAAGAAAAUGGUUUUAUUGUCCAAAGUCAGAGCAUUUACGAAUAAGUAUCCGAUCAUUCGAGGAAUAUUAUCUUAUGGGGCUAUAUGGCCUGUUUCCAAUGUAAUCCAACAAACCAUGGCUGGAAAAAAAAUUGAUAAUCUGGACUGGAUACAAGUUGGUCAGUUUGCCCUUUUCGGUUCAUUUUACGUUGCACCAUCUCUUUAUGCAUGGGUGAGAAUUUCUUCAAUUAUAUGGCCACAGACUACCUUCAAAAUUGGCGUAAUCAAAGCAGUCGUUGAACAAUUCACAUUCGGACCUUUUGCAAUUUCUUCCUUUCAUUUCUGGAUGAGUGCUAUGGAGGGAAAAUCAUUUGAUGAUUCUGUAGAAGCAGUACGACAGAAAUUUUUUCCUACUUGGAAGGUGGGAAUGUGCUACUGGGCUGUUUUGCAAUCCAUAAAUUUCACCUGGGUAUCAGAAAAGAACAGAGUCCCAUUCGUCAGUUGUUGCAGCCUUGUUUGGUGCUGCUUCCUUUCCCAUAUGCAUCAGCUUCAACUCAAGCAGAGGGAGAAAGAAUUGGCCAAAUUCGUUUUAUGAAGAAGACAAACCAUUCCAUUUUCGUCAACAUCUGACAAUAUUAUCAUUAGACCUUGAAAUCUAUUUUAUUAAAUAAAUAAUCGAAAUCAA